GAGUUUUAAUACUUUCAACACUAUAAUAUGACAGAGCAUCUUGUGGAGUGAGCUAUGUGCCCAGCCUUGGCGAACUCGGAUAGAUGUAAGUUAUAUGAAAGAGAAUCCAUUGGUAGCUAAGAGGAAGAAGGUUAAUAUCAAAGAAUGGGUUCACCUUCUCCAGCUCCCGAAAUUGACCCCCCCAAAAAAAAGAAGAAAAAGGACAAGCGUAGGUCCAGAAGUAGGUCCCCAAAAAAGUCCAAGAAAGAAAGAGUAGAGAAGUCAGAAUUGAGAAAUGGUGGGGAGUCUGAUAGAGAUUCAGAGGAUGCCAGAAAAUCAAGAAAAAAGACAUCUAAGUCCAGUAAGUCUAAGUCACGGUCCAAAUCUCCGACACGAUCUCCACCUAGAUCUCCUUCUAGAAUCAGAUCCAGGUCUCCCUCAACCAGAAAUAAAUCACCUUCGGCCAGAAAUAAAUCGCCUGUUCGUAAGAAACGAAGAAGUAGGAGUCGUUCCAAUUCAGUUACUCAAAGACGCAGGAGAUCUCCUGUAGAACAGUUAGAUGAGUUUGGAAGGGUUAUAUCCAUGCGCAGAAAAGACUCUCCAGAACGUGAGAGGGAGCGGGAGCGUAAGCCCAGGGUGGCAGAUAUAUAUGAUAAAAGAGAGGACAUGAUAAGAAGAAAGCGUCAAGCAAAUAUAGAGUCAAAGUUAACAGAGGUUGAAACUCAGCGAAUGAUAGAUGAAUGUGUGAACAAGCGAAUAAAAGAAGAAAUGGAAAAGAAAGAUGCGGCUAUAGACACCGAAGUUUGUCGUAGAGUGGAAAAUGCAAAACAGAUACUGGAGCGUCAGAUGAAGGAGGAGCUCCAGGCUAAAAAGGCAGAGAUGGACAGAGAAAUGGCGGAGCAAGAGGAGGAACAUCAAAAAGAGAUUAAGAGUCUCCAAGCGAUCGUGGAGGAGCUGAAGAGCGAACAAGAGGAAGCAAAACUUCGUUUGGAUGAAGAGAGGCUGGAGGUUGUGGAUGCCAAACGACAGAUCGAGGAAGAGAGACAAACCCUCGAAAAAGAACUGAAAAAGAAGGAGAAGAUGAUCCAGAACCAAAUUUUGGGGAAAUCAGAAUCAAAUUCUCGGCCAAGAAUAUCGUUUGGAAUGAAAAAGAAGUAGCCCAAGCUCAAAGUUUAGUUGUGAUAUUUCAUUGCCAUAAUAGAUGUGAGUUAAAGUGCUUGCGAUGUCCACCCUUCUAACUUAUGUGACGGCGCUAUUUUAAAUUUUGUUUGAUGAUUGUGGCUGGGCUUCUUUUUGUCAACUUGAGCAUAUAAUAUAUACUGAGAACAUCCAGUAUAUAAAUUUUUAUAUAAAACUUAGCCACUGUUUAAAUUUUUUAAGUCAUCAGUUUUAUUCUUUCUUUAAGAUUUAGUUGUACCAAAACUGCCAUCUCAACAAAUUGUACUAAGUGUGGUGAACUGAAUGCCAAUGUUGUUUGAGAUUGGCUCCAUUUUCUUUCAAACCGAUCUGAAUGAAAAUUUGUUAUUCAGAUGUUUAUAGUGUAGAUGCCUGUAUUGUUUUUGUAACACGAUACUGUUUGUUGUAUUGUUCAACUAUUCUAUAUUAUGAUUUGUAAACCUUUCUUCAUUUUAUAA